AUGAACAACAGUGUAGCAGAGGCACUGUCCACGAUAAUGGAAAAACAAUCAGCUGAUAUCAAAACUGGGGCAAAUGAAAGUGGGGAAUGGCUGAUAGUCAAGGAAGAUGAACAGCAGGAGAUAACUGCUGAAGAAAAGGUGGAUAUUUUGCAGGAAUUAUAUGAUGCACCCAUAGGUGGUCGUCAGGGAAAAGAUGUUUUAACGAAGUUCACUGCAGCAGAACCAACAGAAAAGCAGGCCACAGAUACAGUGGCACAUGACAUAGUGAACAGAAUCAUUCUAAAGUUUGAGAUACCCUCACUAACACUCAGUGACAAUGGUAGAAAUUUUUUGAGUGACACACUAAAGAUAGUGUGCAGAUUGUUAAGGAUUGACAGGUUACAGGCCUCCUACCACCACCACCACCACCACCACCACCACCACCACCACCACCACCUAUGA